GACCAUUAUAAACCAGAGAUUCUGUGAAUGAUUGCAGCUACUGGUUAAAGUUGACGGUAGGAGCCAAUCUUGCUCCAUGCAGUCCAGCUAGUAUGGCCUUCAUAUUACAUAUUCAAGGAAUUCAGGGUCAAGAUCUACAGGAUUUUAGUACUUGGCCAUUAUCUUUCACAAACAACGUAGAAGCCAUAUUCUACAUAGUCUCUGUCACAGAUAACAAUGUCGUUCACCAUCAGCUGAUCGACCUGCCAAAGUAUGACAAAGAGGUCUUCCUAGAAAUCAAGACUGCCCCGGACUCUGGGCCUGUUACCAUGACAAUACUGGGACUACAGAAGUUUGGAGAAGGAGUACAGGCUUAUUACACAGUGGUGGCUGAGGGGACACUGGAUAUUGUUAAAGAAGAAAAAGAGACAGAAUCUACAGAUACAGAUGAACCAGCUACUGUCAGGUUAGACAGAAGUGUAGGAGACAGAUGUGCUGAUGUAUUGUUUGAUUUGAAAAACGAGAACGGACCUGAUGUUCAGGUAUCUCACAAACACGGAUCCCGAUACUGGGUAAAGACUCCGUCUAGCCACGAAGAGGACCAAUAUACACAAAAACUUAUUUUAUUACAACACAUGCAGAAUCACCAGCUGUAUUUGAUAUUUACUCAGGGAAAUUGGAGUUUUAAGAGUAUACCAUUCACUCUACAGCCUGGAAAGGAAUACAGAUGUAUCGUACUUUACUCUUCCUACAACAGUAAUUCCCAUUGGUUAGACGUGGGUUCUAUGAUGGACGAUAACAACAAUGCAGUGUGUUUACCUGAGGAUCUUCGUCCACACGGUCUAGUUCAGGUUACCAAGGAAAAAGUUACAAGUAUUUAUUUUACAAAACAAGAACUGAAUGAAAUGAGGUUGAAAGCCAUUGAGUUUGUACAUCGCCGUGAACAACGAGUAGCUGCCAUUCCUUAUUUCUACAGGAACAAAUCAAUAAAAUAUUUUGAUGCUAUCAUGAUGAACGAUAAUGAUGGUAUUAUGUAUCCCAACCUUAAGGAUAAUAAUGGCGAUCGGUAUUCUAUUGUAAAUGAAAACAUUGAAGGUAUUUUCUUUAGCGCACUCUUACUGCCUUCAACUCUAAAGCCACCAAAAACUUCAAUUUUUGGCACUCGACGGUUGUAUGUUCGAUCUACAUUGCUGUUGAAUGAAAGUGUGAAAAUGUACUUUGCCGACUUUUAUUGCUAUAACAAUGUUGUUCAUUACGUCACAAUCGUGUUAACAAAGCCCGGAUCUGAAUCAGAUCAGUUCUGUGACAAGAAUCUAGUUCAGUUAAACGCUUACAGUAAUCCUUUCCUGCAACUGACAACGUUAGACGGUGUGCAGAAAGUUCUAGUGACAUUGAACGCUGUGAUAGAAAUAUUCUAUACAGAGCCUAUAGAUCUGAUGGCAAUGAGCUUACUUCCGGGUGCGACGAUGUACUCCGAUGUACAGUUAGCAGGUAGAGGAUCAAGUGUCGAAGGAGGCAUACCAAAGAAAGAUGACUGUGAUCUUUGUAAUGUUAGAACAAGCUAAGCGUUUAAUUGAAGGAGUGUGAUCGAUUGAUUUUGAUAUGACGUAAUUUGAGUUAGUGUUAUUUCCUUUGGUCGCCAUUUUAAAAGUGUAAACGGUUGAUUUUCUUAAUUGACUAACCAAGUCAAAAUAUAUGGAACACAUCAAAAAUAUCUCAUUUGCUCAUUUGGAUUUUAAAAAUGUCCCCUUGAACUUCACCUCACACCAACUUAUACUUCGAACUCACAUUGUGAUUCAUAUGAGUCUUGCAUGACAUUUUUCAUAUGAAUUUUAUGUUAAUUUUUUUUUAAAGCGAGUUUUUUUCAUGAUUUUAAACAAAUUCACGUCAAUUUCAUGUGAAAAAAAAAUCAUUUGUUCUUCGUGUAAAUUUCACGUAAGUUUCAUAUUAGAUUGAUGUUAAAUUCACAUGAUUUGAUUUCAAGUGAGUUUAUGUAUAAGCUCGUUUGAGAGAGAUUCACAUGAGUUUGAAAUUACAUGAAAUUGAUGGGAGUGAAAACGUUCCCGUGUACUUACAAGUCUAAUUAAAGAUAACUAGAUCGAAGUGGCUAAACGAAAUAAAAGAUUUAAAAGUCUACCGGUCAGUUGACAUGUUACAUUCGGUUGGUUUAUGUUGGAAAUUGUGCUCGUGUACCUUCGCCAUGAUUACAGAAUUUUAGCAUGGAAUCCUUGCUUUCUGCUCGAAAGCAGACUUUCUAACGAGAAGAACAUGUUGGCUCAGAUUAGUAAUUUUCUAACUCUAUUUUCGUUUAAGCCUUGUAUAUUUUAAAGUCAUCACUUCGAUCAAGAUCUGAUAUGAGUAUGUUGUAAUAUCAUUAAUCAUUUGAGAAAAUUGACCUGUUCCCCCGACAUCGCGUUGGUAAAUGGAAAUUUCCCAAACUCAAACUAUGUCAUUGCGAAACUUUCUUUAUGAAACUAUCAAUCCAUUCAAUGUACAUUGUAUGUACGUGUUUGUAUAUAUGAAUGGUGAAUAGGUGAUUGUAAUAAAUAGUGUAUGAAACAUUUUUAUAUAUAAUGAGAACGUGAAUGUGAGGUCAUGUAACUUUAUCUAUAGCCUUUGAUGAUUGUCAAUGUGUUGAGGAUAGAUGCAGACCUCUAAUAUGUUUGACCCUGUUGAUUUUAUGCAAUUCAUCGAACUGUUUAUUUGUACAAACGUUUAUGCUGUAUCAAUAUUGUAUUAUAUAUUUUACAAAAGUAACUGUUUCUUUUUUAUGAGGUAUGCAUUUUGUAUUUUGAAACGCCUCGAUGUCGAUGUGAACAAGGCGAAAACAAAAAUAUUUUAAAUAUAGCUAAUUUAAAAACUUUGGCGUAUGUUUGUACAAUUUUUUAAUUCUGAUUUUUGUUGUACAAAACAUAUUUGAAUUGAAUUAUACUUAUUAAUAACAAAAAUUUUUGUUAAACGGAUGUCAAGUAGGUUCAAUAUUUAAUAUUUAACAUUCAACAUUAAAAAAAAAUAUUUAUAGCAUUAAUUUUUUAACAUUCAAAAAAUCGACUUUCAACAUUCAAUUUCAACAUUCAACAUUCAACAUUCGUUUUCAUCAUUUGACAUUAGUUUUCAACAUUUGACAAUUCAUUUUGAACAUUGAAUUUUGUAUGUUGAAAACGUAUGUUGAAUAUUGAUUGUUAAAGAUCGAAUAUUGAAAACGAAAGUUGAGUAUUGAAAACGAAUAUUGCAUGGUGAAUGUUGGCAACGAAUGUUGCAUAAAAACGAAUGUUACAUAUUGAAAACGAAUGUUGAUUAUUGAAAAUCAAAAGCUGAGAAUCGAAUGUUGAAUAUUGUAAACGAAUAUUGAAUAUUCUUAACGAAUAUUGAAUAUUCUUAACGAAUAUUGAAUAUUGUAAACGAAUAAUAAUCAUUGUAAACGAAUAUUGAAUGUUUGUAAAUAGUGUUGAAUGCUGAAAACGAAUGUUGAAUAUCGAAAACGAAUAUUGAAUGUUGAAAACGAAUGUUGAAUAUCGAAAAUAAAUAUUGAAUGUUAAAAAUCAAAUGUUCGAAACGAAUGUUGAAUUUUGAAAACGAAUGUUGAAUUUUGAAAACGAAUGUUGAAUGUCGAAAACGAAUGUCGAAUGUUGAAAACAAAUGUCGAAUGUUGAAAACGGAUAUUGAAUGUUGAAAAUCGAAUGUUGAAAACGAUAGUUGAAAGUUGAAUGCUGAAAAUGGAAUGUCGAAAUUGAAUGUUGAUUAUUGUUAUCGAAGUUUGAAUGUUGAAAUCGAAUGUUAAAAACGAAUGUGGAAUGUUGAAAUCGAAUGUUAAAAACGAAUGUGGAAUGUUGAAAUCGAAUGUUAAAAACGAAUGUGGAAUGUUGAAAUCGAAUGUUAAAAACGAAUGUGGAAUGUUGAAAUAGAAUGUUGAAUGUUGAAAACGGAUGUUGACUGUUGAAAACGAAUGUUGAAUUUUUAAAAUAGAAUGUUCAAUGUUGAAAACACAAAUUGAGUUUUAAAAACGAACGUGGAUUAAUGAAAAUCGCGAAUAUUGAAAACGAAUGUUGUAUAUUGAAAACGAAUAGUGAAUUUUGAAAACGAAUGUUGAAUGUUGAAUGAAUGCUAAAAAUUGAACGU